AUGGGGCAGCAGACGGACACAGCCGCUUUCUCCCAACACUUGAUAUACCCCGCCAGCGACCUUUUGGACAACCUCGCAGCUUACUAUCCUCCUUUCUCAUCUUCAUCCGCCCGCUCCAAAUCCCUCUUCUCCCCACAUCCUGUCAAUCCAUCCGUCUCUCUCUCUCCCCGCCCGCUUGCCCCGUCCUCCAAUAGCUGCUGCCCCUCCAUUUACAACCAUCCCUUAUGUUCUCGCACGAACUCCUCGACUUCGUGCCUACUCCUCACCCAGCCGACGCCCUCAGCACAGUCCACCCCCACGACGCUCACCUCGAUCCCCUCUUUGAUUCCUAUAUCGACUCGUCCUAUCUCGAUCAGUCCUUCUGCUCCGACUUCUCCUGCUGCGGACAGAUCCUCCCUGACCUCCACCGUCUUCUCGAGCACUUCGAGGAACAGCACGUCCUCCCCUUCCCUACCGACUCCCGUCCCCUCUACUCCAGCCCCGUAUACGCACAACCCCGGUCUGCCGCCUCCGCCCCUUACGCCUCCUACAUCCUAA